CUUCCCUUUUUCUGCCGGAACUUACACUCUACCUUUGGAGUGGUCAAAACCCUAGGAUCGCCUGCUAUUACUGUCAAGAGGAAGGUGCACUCAAAAGCCAGGACUGCAUCUUGAUCUGCCAGUCAGGGCCAGACGGCCAUGGAAACCACACUCCAGACAGUGACUUCAUCGAACUCACCACCAAGAUGUCAAAAGUGAAGAGGCUGGAAGAAAUCCCCACAUGUCACGACAGUGACUGUCUGGAGAAAGUGGCGUUUUUUCAGUGCAUGGAAAAGGUUGAGAAGAUGAGAUGUUUUCUAGAAGAAAGUUCUAGUGAACAGGCUUCAAGUUCUGGAAAUAAUGAGGCUAAGGAGAAGGUGUGGUCAUACCCCAACCCGAAAGAAAUGGCACCUGUCAAAGGCAAGAGGACAUUGGACCUCACAGAUGACGGCCCGGCCCCUCCCGCACCCUUUCGUCACCGGGUCGUAACGGCCAGACAGACAGCGGUCAACAGUGUUUAUACUGUGAGCAGAACCGAAAUUUUAGGAGGGGGGCGCUUCGGCCAGGUUCACACGUGUGAAGAGAAAGCAACAGGUCUGAAGCUGGCUGCCAAGAUCAUCAAGACCAGAAGCAUGAAGGAGAAGGACGAAGUGAAGAAUGAGAUCGCCGUCAUGAACCAGCUGGAUCACGUGAACAUCAUUCAGCUCUAUGAUGCCUUCGAAUCUAAGCACGACAUCGUCCUGGUCAUGGAGUAUGUGGAGGGAGGCGAGCUGUUUGACCGCAUCAUUGAUGACAACUACAACCUGACCGAGUUCGAUACCAUCCUGUUCAUCCAGCAGAUAUGUGAGGGGAUACAGUACAUGCACCGGAUGUACAUUCUCCACUUGGACCUGAAGCCUGAGAAUAUCCUGUGUGUGAAUCGGGAUACUAAGCAAAUAAAAAUUAUUGAUUUUGGAUUGGCCAGAAGAUACAGACCCAGAGAGAAGCUGAAAGUGAACUUUGGGACCCCAGAAUUUCUUGCCCCUGAAGUCGUGAACUAUGAUUUCGUUUCCUUUCCCACUGACAUGUGGAGUGUGGGGGUCAUUGCCUACAUGCUACUUAGUGGUUUGUCCCCCUUCCUGGGUGAUAGCGAUGCUGAGACCCUGAACAACAUCCUGGCCUGCAGGUGGGACUUAGAGGAAGAAGAAUUUCAAAACGUCUCGGAAGAGGCCAAGGAGUUCAUCUCCAAGCUUCUGAUUAAGGAGAAGAGCUGGCGAAUAAGUGCAAGCGGAGCUCUGAAGCACCCUUGGUUGUCAGACCCCAAGCUCCACGCCAGGCUCAGAACACAGGAGAAGAAGAAUCGCUGCUCCGACGCUCAGGACCUUGUGACCCAAUAGUCUACAGAAGGUGCCCAUCUGAAAGGAAAACUGCUGGGGUUGCUGUUGCUUUGAGAUUUUUGGAAAAAUCAGCAGUUCUGAAGCCUUGACCCCUACAAUGACUGGUGACCUUGGGGAUGUGGGGGCCACCGCACUCGAAUUCAGAGCUCCCCGCCCCAGGGUGACGCCCAGUGCUUUGGUCCCAGGGACACAGGCACACCCCACACCCCCUCCCUUGUCUCCCCACACCCCAUGGUAGUGCACACUUGGGAAGAUAUUUCCCUGCUAUCUUUACUUUUUUAUUUUUUAUUUUUAUUUCUUGAUUUUAGGCACGGAACAAGGGGUGCGCUAUCUCUGCUAGUCCUCAGUUUACUGUUUUAAAACCCGGAGGACGCAUUUAGAGGGAGAAAACUGCUUCGAGUCAUUAAAUGAUGCCUUCCAAAGGGAUGAUCAUAUCGCCGGGAAAAACAUCCAAGUCUGUGCAUCCUUGAACACGUAGUUUCUCAGACGUUAUUAUUCCGAUUUGUUCUGAAAUCAGGUGAAUCCAAAUGAUAAAUAAUUUGCUUUCUGGAACAUAAGCUUUCUCUGAAUUCUGAGGCGAGAGACAUCAGACAUUCUACCUUCCACAAUUCUGCAUUUCCCUCCAGCUGCAGCAGUUUCUCCCAAGUCACUGGUUCUGUUCCAAAUGAGUGACAUGCGUUUUCAUGACACGCUGCCCCUUUUCCUCCGAUUGAACCUUCGGCUACGUGCAGCCCUGGUUUUGAGAGGUGGUGCAGGAGGUACCUGUUUAUGAGUGGUUUAUGAGUGGUUUUUAAAAACGUCUGGGACGAUGUUGACAGUGAUGAGAGCUCUCCUCACUCUGCACUUGUCGAUGAGGAAAGACGGGCCUUGCGUGUGCCCCUGCGGAAGGACAGUGCUGUGCUCGCAGCGUUGAGGAGACGCGAGAAAUGGUACUCAAGUCAACGCGAACACUUCUAAGGCCUUAUGAUCUCAACCAUGUGGAGUCUCACAUGACUCAGUGGUUGUGAAGAAAGCAUUCAGAAAUCAAAGGUGAGCCCCAGCUGGUUUGGCUCAGCAGUUAGACCAUCGGC